CUCAAACAAAAAAAAAUGAUUUCUCUAAAAACUAUUCUUCCAUUAUUCUUUAUGUUUUCUUGUGUUUAUGCCACAAUAGUUUCACACGAUGGUCGAGCCAUCACCAUUGAUGGCCAACGUCGAGUUCUUCUUUCGGGUUCCAUUCAUUACCCGAGAAGCACACCCGAGAUGUGGCCGGAUCUUAUAAAGAAGAGUAAAGAAGGAGGACUAGACGCGAUCGAGACUUAUGUUUUCUGGAACGCCCACGAACCGGCCCAUCGUCAGUACGAUUUUUCGGGAAAUCUAGAUCUCAUUCGAUUUCUCAAAACGGUCCGAGACGAAGGAUUGUACGCAGUUCUUCGUAUUGGCCCGUAUGUUUGUGCGGAAUGGAACUACGGAGGAUUUCCCGUGUGGUUGCACAAUAUGCCCGGAGUCGAAUUCAGGACUGCCAACACUGCGUUCAUGAACGAGAUGCAGAAUUUCACAACUUUGAUAGUGGACAUGGCCAAGCAAGAAAAUCUCUUCGCAUCACAAGGAGGUCCCAUAAUCCUAGCCCAGAUUGAGAAUGAAUAUGGAAACGUCAUACAAUCGUAUGGAGCGGCGGGAAAGGCGUACAUCGAUUGGUGUGCCAACAUGGCCAAUUCUCUCGACGUUGGCGUCCCGUGGAUCAUGUGCCAACAAGAUGACGCACCACAACCUAUGUUGAACACAUGCAACGGAUUCUACUGCGAUAACUUCGAACCCAACAACCCCAACACUCCAAAGAUGUGGACUGAGAACUGGACCGGCUGGUUUAAGAACUGGGGAAGCAAAGAUCCGUACAGAACAGCAGAGGAUCUUGCGUUCGCUGUUGCUAGAUUCUUCCAAAGGGGUGGAACUUUCCAGAACUAUUACAUGUACCAUGGAGGUACCAACUUCGGUAGAACAUCAGGCGGUCCGUACAUCACGACAACGUACGACUACAACGCCCCUCUUGAUGAAUUCGGUCAGUUGAAUCAACCAAAGUACGGUCACUUGAAGCAACUUCAUGAUGUUCUUCACUCCAUGGAGAAAACCCUAACUCAUGGAAACAUCACCACCGUUGAUUUCGACAACUCCGUCACUGCGACGAUUUACGCGACCGAGGAAGGAUCGAGCUGUUUCUUGGGGAAUGCGAAUUCAUCAUCUGAUGCCACAAUCAACUUCCAAGGGACAGAAUACACAGUUCCAGCUUGGUCUGUUACUGUUCUUCCAGAUUGCAAGACCGAAGCUUACAACACUGCAAAGGUGAAUACUCAGACUUCGGUGAUGGUGAAGAGACCGAACGGAGCUGAAGAGGAGCCGUCGUCUUUGGAAUGGUCGUGGAGACCGGAGAUUAUGGAUGGGGCGGUCUUGAGAGGGAAGGGGGAUUCGGCCAUGAACCAGUUGUUUGACCAGAAGAACGUGGCCAAUGACGAGAGCGAUUACCUCUGGUACAUGACCAAGGUCCAUCUGAAAGAGAGCGAUCCUGUCUGGUCCAAGAACAUGACGAUCCGUAUCAACAGCACCGCUCAUGUUCUUCACGUCUUUGUCAACGGAGAGCACAUUGGUUCCCAAUGGGCUAAGGAUGGGAAGUACACCUACAUGUUUGAGCAAAACGUGAAAUACAAACCCGGAGUUAACCAGAUUUCUCUGCUCAGUACCACUGUUGGAUUCGCCAACUACGGAGCAUUCUUCGAAACCGGAGCAGCUGGAAUCACAGGACCAGUCGAAAUUGUCGGAUGGAAUGGAGAUGAGACAGUGGUCAAGAACUUGUCUGGCCACAAAUGGAGUUACAAGACCGGUUUGGACGGCUUCCAGGACCAACUCUUCAGUUCAGAAACAUCUUCUAAAUGGUCAGAGGAGAGUGUUCCCUUCAACAGAAUGAUGACCUGGUACAAGACCACUUUCAAGGCUCCUCUAGGAACGGAACCAGUCGUUGUGGACCUUUUGGGACUCGGAAAGGGAACAGCUUGGAUCAACGGUAACAACAUCGGACGAUACUGGCCGAGCUUCCUUGCCGGCGAAGAUGGAUGCUCUGCUGUCUGUGACUACAGAGGUUCAUAUGGAAGCGAGAAGUGUCAGACCAAUUGUGGUCAACCAACUCAAAGAUGGUACCAUGUUCCUCGUUCCUUCUUGAACUCCGAAGGGGACAACACACUGGUUUUGUUCGAGGAGAUUGGAGGAAACCCUUCACUCGUCAACUUCCAGACAGUUACUGUCGGUAGCAUCUGCGCAAAUGCAUACGAGAAGAACACCUUAGAACUCUCCUGCAAUGGAAAACCCAUUUCUGCAAUCAAAUUCGCAUCGUUUGGAAACCCAGGAGGAGUUUGCGGUUCGUUCGAGAAAGGCACGUGCGAAGGAAGCAACGACGCUGAGGCAAUUCUUGCCAAGGAAUGUGUCGGAAAAGAGAAAUGUUCCAUCGACGUUUCGGCUGAUAUAUUCGGAGCCGCUGAUUGCGACGGCGGUUUUGCUAGGAAGCUCGCCGUCGAGGCUGUCUGCUAAAGAGUUUGAUUGUUUUAGGGUUUUUUCAUGUUAGGGCUUUUCUUUUGUUAGGUUUUUUUUUGUUUGCUUUU